GAUGUUCACUGCAAGUAAACAACGAUCUGUCGCUCUUGAAACCUGAGUUCAAAUCAAUGUCCAAAAUAUAGCAGGAAAAUGAAAAAAAACAGAGUAUUUUGAUCUGUAACAGUUGCGUGAAAUAGUGGGAAAUGCUGAGACCUCACAUUCUCACCCUUGUUUUAAUCGAUGCUUCAUGGCGGAAGCAAACCACCGAAAGCAUGAAUUCACCUUCAAUCAAAUCAAACCAGUGACAGCCAGGCAGAAGAAUGUAUAUUUUGAAAAUUUAAUAGAUGGAAAAGGUCAUUUUUGACAAUUUCGUUUCUUUUCAUGGGGCUACACCACACAACGGGGGCAUUUUCGAGGGCAUUUUCGUCAUUUUAUCCAUGAAGUUUACUUCAAACUUCUUCAAGGUCUUCUCCUCGUCUUCUCACCAAGAAAAAACCCUGGCUCAGGGUCCUGCAACUCAGAAGUCAGAACUCGAUUUUCAGCAAUAAUGGCGACCUCAGAGAAUAGCGGAGGAGCGACCCUCAGGCACGCCUUUGGGAACGUGCUCACCUUCUUCAUUCUCCCUCUGAUCGGAGUGCUCGCAUUCUCGAUCCGCCUUUUCUCUGUUAUAAAGUAUGAAAGUGUAAUCCACGAAUUUGAUCCUUAUUUCAAUUACAGGGUUACACAGUAUCUCACAAAGAAUGGAAUAUAUGAUUUCUGGAACUGGUUUGAUGAUCGAACCUGGUAUCCUCUUGGUCGUGUGAUUGGUGGAACCGUGUAUCCUGGACUGACAUUGACAGCUGGUUCCAUAUGGUGGUUACUGAACUCAUUGAACAUUCCUCUAUCCGUGGAAACAGUAUGUGUAUUUACUGCUCCUAUUUUCUCAGCUAAUGCCGCUUGGGCGACUUACCUUCUGACAAAGGAAGUGAGAGGUACUGGUGCUGGAUUGACAGCAGCAGCUCUAUUAGCUAUGGUACCAUCAUAUAUAUCUCGAUCUGUAGCUGGCAGUUAUGACAAUGAGGCUGUGGCCAUAUUUGCUUUAAUCUUCACCUUCUAUCUUUAUGUUAAGACACUAAACACAGGAUCCCUCUUCUACGCAACUUUAAAUUCUUUAGCAUACUUUUACAUGGUCUGCUCUUGGGGUGGUUAUACCUUUAUUAUUAACCUUAUUCCAAUGCACGUUCUUCUGUGCAUUGUAACAGGUCGUUAUUCUUCUAGGCUGUAUAUUGCCUAUGCUCCUCUUGUUGUCCUGGGUACAUUGUUAGCCUCCCUGGUUCCUGUUGUUGGUUUUAAUGCAGUGAUGACAUCAGAACAUUUUGCAUCUUUUUUGGUUUUCAUUAUCAUACAUGUGGUGGCUCUUGUGUAUUACAUCAAAGGGCUUCUCUCACCAAAAAUGUUUAAAGUGGCUGUUACGCUUGUUGUGUCCAUUGGCAUGAUAAUUUGUUCUUCUGUGAUAGCAGUACUCGUGGCACUGGUGGCUUCUAGCCCUACAAAGGGGUGGAGUGGACGCAGUUUGAGUCUUCUUGAUCCAACUUAUGCAAGCAAGUACAUACCCAUCAUUGCAAGUGUUAGUGAACAUCAACCACCAACCUGGCCAUCUUACUUUAUGGAUAUUAAUGUUCUGGCAUUCUUGGUUCCAGCUGGCAUUGUUGCCUGCUUUUUGCCCCUCUCUGAUGCCAGUUCCUUCGUGGUCCUUUAUAUUGUAACAUCAGUGUAUUUUUCAGGAGUCAUGGUUCGGCUUAUGCUUGUCCUAGCUCCAGCAGCAUCUAUUAUAUCUGGAAUUUCUCUUUCUGAAGCCUUUGAUGUUUUCGCACGAUCAAUCAAAUUUCAACCGCCCAGAAUUCCAGAGAAUUCCCAUUCUGGUGCAGGAGAUGCUACUUCUGGAAAAGACACAAUAAAAAAUGGUGCAGCAAAGCUGGAAAAACAGUCAGGCACUGAUAAAAACGAAGACAGUUUUAAGGAAAGGCCCUCAAAAAAGAACAGGAAGAAAGAAAAAGAACCUGUGGAAAAAGCAACUAUUAAGUCACAAAUUGAGAAGAAGCUUCUGGUUUUACCUUUGGAGACUUCUGUUAUUGCUAUUUUUUUGCUUGUGAUAUUGGGUGCCUUUUAUGUGGUUCACUGUGUCUGGGCAGCAGCAGAAGCUUAUUCAGCCCCUUCGAUUGUUCUUACAUCUCGUUCACAUGAUGGUCUGCAUGUUUUUGAUGAUUUUCGAGAAGCUUAUGCAUGGCUACGCCACAACACUGAUGUAGAUGAUAAGGUUGCAUCUUGGUGGGACUAUGGCUAUCAGACAACCGCAAUGGCUAACCGCACUGUCAUUGUUGACAACAAUACUUGGAAUAACACGCAUAUUGCAACUGUUGGAACUGCCAUGUCUUCUCCAGAAAAGGCAGCAUGGGAGAUUUUUCACUCCUUGGAUGUGAAAUAUGUUCUCGUAGUCUUUGGAGGUUUUGUUGGAUACCCUAGUGAUGAUAUUAAUAAGUUCCUGUGGAUGGUUCGUAUUGGAGGGGGUGUUUUCCCUCAUAUCAGGGAACCUGAUUAUCUUAGAGAUGGUCAGUACCGGAUUGAUUCUCAGGCCACUUCAACUAUGCUAAAUUGUCUCAUGUACAAGCUCUCAUAUUACAGAUUUGUGGAAACAGAUGGCAAGGGCUUUGACAGAGUAAGGGGAACUGAAAUAGGGAAGAAAUAUUUCGAACUUAGCCAUUUUGAGGAGGCUUUCACGACACACCAUUGGAUGGUACGGAUAUACAAAUUAAAAGCACCAAAGAAUAGGGUCCGAGGAAAGACAAAGAAAUCAAAAGCGAGUUCAAAAGGAAGCACGGCAACGAGCUCAAAAAGGGCAGGAAGGAGAAAGAAGAAUCCUUGGCAUUAGGAAACACUUGCAUAGGGGAAUUGUCUCUGUGAAGUUAUUCUGCAUACAAUCUACAUGCAUGAACAUUGAGGGAUUGGGCAAAGGUUGUAUCCAGUCUUGUAUCAUUUGUUUUCUGCGCUUUAAUUGCUUUACACCGUUGUGGGAGAAAGAUUAGUUUCUGAUCCACGAACCAGCUCCAGAGAAGGAAUAACGAGGUAAAUUAAUAACAAUUUUUUACUUACUGGAAGGUGUAAUGUGCAACUAGUAGAUCUAACCCAUUGACUGAAUUCUCUAUAAUGAAGAAAUUGCAUGAAUAUUUACUUGUAUCA